AUGGUUGACGUUUCGUAUGAAUCUCUUCUGGAUGUUUGUGUCGCAGCUGCAAUGACAUCGAUUAAGAAUAUGAAUUAUAAUCAAGUUGGAGAACUUUUGAAUAAUGGUGCUGAAAAGAAAAUUGAUGAUAUCAUUGAUAAUAUAUCGCAGGUUCGAACUUUGCCUACUGAACGUGAAAUGGGCCUUGUGCAGAAUAAAUCGCUUGCCGAAUGGAAUUUAUCGCAAGAACCAAAGAUUGAAGAAGCUAAAAGACAAUUACGGAGCACUUAUGAAGAAGCCGUUAAAAUUAAAGAGGAAGUUAUGGAGCUUAAAGAAAAAUUGAAUUCAUUAUCGGAAGAGAGGUCGUUAGACACAUCGAGUGCAUUGCUACAGGCUGCUGCACAGUCUGCUGAUGACGAAAGCGAAGCAAUCGCCGAUCGAUAUUUAAGGGGUGAUAUAGAAGUUGAUCAGUUCUUGAAAGAAUUCAUUGAGAAGAAGACUCUUGCUCAUAUGAGAAAAAUCAAAUCCGACAAGUUGCUGGCAAUAUUGCAACAGCAACAAUAUCCGCAGCGGCCAAGUUCGAACUUCACAUCGACACCAUAUCCUACAAAAGGUGGUGGACUAUAUCCACAACCUGUUAGUCUAUCAUCGUCCCGCCAAUCGUUCUGGUACUGA